AUGCGGAUGCAGGGCUGCGACGCGUCGAUCAUGAUCGUGAACUCGAAUGGCGACUACGAGUGGCGGAACACCGCCAACCAGUCGCUCAAGCCGGAUGGGUUUCAGGCCAUUCUGAGCGCCAAGGCCGCCGUAGACAGCAACCAGCAGUGCCAGUACAAGGUGUCGUGCGCGGACAUCAUGGCCCUCGCCGCCAGAGAAGCCGUCUACCUGAGUGGCGGGCCGUACUACCAGGUGCAGCUCGGCCGGUUCGACGGCAGGGUGUCGACCAGGGACAGCGUCCGGCUGCCGAGCGUCAACUUCACCCUGGACCAGCUCAACGCCUUCUUCUCCGGCCUCGGCUUCUCCCAGGCCGAAAUGAUCGCCCUCCUAGUGUGCAGACGAGUGGACGAGAAGUUCAGCAUAGCUGUCAUCGAUGCAAGUCUAAUGCAAUGGCUAAAGAUCAGCAUAGCUGUCAUCAGCCAAACUGAUGCUGCGGUCGCUGUGCAGACGAGUGGACGAGAAGAUUGGUUUUUACAUUACUUUUCAUAUAUCUAUGUGCAGUCUCAUAGUUUAAAUGAACAGCAGGCACAAUAA